UUCCCCAAAUUCAAAAACCUAAAAUCUCAAAUUCCGAUUUGAUUCCAGACCAAAUGGCGAAGGAGGCGAAGCAGUUCGCCAUCCCCCCGGUGGUUUUCCCCUCCGGCGGAAACCCCAGUGCCGGAUCCAACAUCCAGCAACGCCGCGUCCCAACGGCGCCGUUUCAACCACCCCGAUCCUCCGCCUCCAGCAUCCCCUUCAUGUCCUUCGACAUAGGCUCAGCCGCCGCCGCUUCCACCUCCGGCAGCUUUUACGGCGGUCCCAUCGGCUCCGGCUCCUCCCUCCCCGGAGGUACCUGCUUCGAAGACGAGGAGCCUCUUCUCGACGAGCUCGGUAUUCACCCCGAUCAAAUCUGGCGGAAGACCAAGUCCAUUCUCCACCCCUUCCGGGUCAACCCGGACCUCCACAAGCAAUCCGACAUGUCCGGCCCGUGCCUCCUCUACGUCUCCCUCUGCCUCUUUCAAUUACUCGCCGGCAAGAUCCAAUUCGGCGUUAUACUCGGCUGGAUCAUCGUCUCCUUCUUCUUCCUUUACGUCGUCGUCAACAUGUUGGCGGGUCGUAACGGCAACCUAGAGCUGCACAGGUGCGCCAGCGUCGUUGGCUACUCUAUGUUGCCGGUGGUGAUUUUAUCGGCUACCAUGCUCUUUGUGCCGCAAGGCGGGAGUUUCGUGUUCGCAGUGGCUGCCGUGUUUGUUUUAUGGGCCACAAGGGUUUGCACCGGCCUCAUGGUUGCGCUCGUCGACGGCGGUGAUGAGCAUCGCGGCCUCAUUGCGUAUGCUUGUUUCUUGAUUUACACUCUCUUUUCAUUUCUGGUUAUAUUUUAGCAGCUUUGAUUAUUAUCAGGUUGAUAGUGUGGGCUUUGUAGCUAUGGUUUGGUUCUAUAUGCCCCUGUGGUUGGGUGUUUUGAGUUUAGGUUGGAAAAUGUAGAAAACCGGAGAUAUUAUGGUUGAUUGGUAUUGGAUAAGUUUUACCCAACACGACUAUUGGAAAUGGAUCUGGUCUUACUUACGGUUAUUAAUCUUACUGCUUUGUAAUGUAUAUCUUGUGCUACAAGCUUGGAAAGGUUUGCAUAUGGUUUACUUCGUUGUUAAUGUUACUGCUUUGUAAUUUAUAUCUUGUGCUAUAGGCUUGGAGAGAUUGCACUAAUUUACUAAAUGGUAUUAAUUUCCAAUCAACUUUUAGGUGAAUUGAAAUACUACUCUUAGUGCAUAAGAUGCAUUUUGCUUAUACCCUCCUUGCUUAGUUUAGGUUCAACAUAGGAGAUGCCUGUUUGUAGCGUAGCAUGUGCUUGUGUAUUUUAUAAAACAAGUGUUUAUGGGGUUUAUAUCUUGGGUUCCUUAUUAAUUUCUUUUGUAAUUGUUUGUUUUGCCUAUGGGACACAACACAUCCAUAAGAUUGAUACCUUGACAGUCUAGUAGGUUGGCUAUGCGAGUAACAGGUGUGGAGAUAUUCCUUGAAGGCUCAACUUAGUUGAUUAGGUGCAAAGUUGAGUAGCCUUAAAUUGAUUUUAGUUUGAUGUUUAGAUUAACAAAGUUGGAGGUAAAACGGUAUUGGUUUUGCUUCUGUAUGAUGGUCUUUAAUAGUGUGCUAAAUUUGAAAUUGGAGGGGUUCUUUCAGUUAUAACUUAUAUCUUGAUAUGAUUAAUGCAAGGAAUGAUCUUCUAUAUUUUAUUUGUUUCAAAUUGUAUUGUAGUUGUUGUAGAUUUAUCUACACGGUGUGCUUCUGUGGAAGAGACUUUCUUUGACUGAACUUUAAUAAAUUUCAAACUUGCCCAUGACUUUGGACGAUGGAUAUAAGAGAAAAAUGAAUGAACAUACUAGAUUCACCUUCCUUUUGCAAAGGGGAAUCAACAAUUGCUUGUGAUAUUCAAAUCCCUCGUCUUAUUUCUAGCUUGAGGCAUGAAACUAAUGAAUCAUGUACAUCAUGGUAAAAAUAGGAAAGUGACUCUGGCAUAUAUGCUCAAUCUCCAUGAUUGAUUCUAAUGUUCAGAUAACUGCAAUAUUAUGAAGUCCAUAUUAUCAUUCAGGUUAUAGGUUUUCAAACUUGCACAAAUGCUACUGUCACAUUGUUGAAUUUCGAGACUAUUGGUGAUUGACUUUUGUUAAAGUAAAGAGUGUUGUAGUUGGGCAAGGAUAGAUGUAUCAUCUUUCUGUAAGGUUGUAAUUCAAAUUGACUUAUAUCAUUUUUCUGAUUUUUUCUUUGGUUGAGUUUCCUGUGAAUUCGUUGUUUGAUGUCUAGUAUGUCAUGUGAGUGUUCUACAUGAGUUGAUGAGUUUUAUAUUCUUAUACUAUCUAAUCUGCUCUGUGGAAGCUACCCUUUUUCUCAUUUAUUUGCCUCCCUCUUCUUACAAUUUUGUUCAUCUAAGGCUACAAAUGUGAAUAUAAUGCUUCAUUUGCCGGUAAAACGCUGACUUGUCAAAUUUUCAAACCAUCACAAACAUCCAUUUCUUUUCCAUUGCAAGUUUUUAUUGAACUAGAUUUCUUUUGUUGGCAUAUAUCAUCACACUGUAUGCAAUCAUGCCAGCUUAUUCUUUUGUCUUGUAAAAGUUAUAUGUUAUGUUGAGAUUUACAAGCGUAUGCAAUCUUGUCUGGAUUUCAGUAGGCAAUAUCUUAUUAACACCUCUUGACAAAGUGCAGCAAUUUGUUGUAUCUGGUGGAUAACGGAGAGUUUCAUAUUCCUUAAUUUUACAUGAAGAUAUUGAAAUAUCUACAGUAGCAGCCAGAGCCGGCCCUGAGGGCUGCAGCCUGAGGCCGCCGCCUCAGGCCACCCGUCUCCGGCGGGCCUCCCGACAGUUUUUAUUUUUUUUAUAUAUAUUGUAGUUCAGUACGACUUUAUAUAUAUUCUUUGCAAUAAUAAUUAGAGGUUGCUGCUCUAGGGCAGCGGUAUGUGUGCAUUGUGGCCUUUUAAGCCACCCAAGUUCGAAACAAAACAGUUCUCCUUUUUUUUU